AUGGCCGACCGCCUAAGCGCGAUCAAGUCCAAGAUCGCACAGCGCAGCGUCGAGCACCGCCAGCGCAACGCGGCGCCCGACCCGCCGGUCCCCUUCCGCGACGUGAGCUUGGAGCAGAUGAUGGAAGCCCGGUUGCAUGCACUCCAGCGCGAGAUCGAGACCAAGCAGCCCAAGGCGACUCCUCGCGCGUUGCCACGACUGCCCGACGCCGACUUCACCGCGCUCGUCGAGCGCACGACCGCGCUCUCGCAGUUCCACGACGCCAAGGCGACGCUGGACGCCUCGCUGCAUGUUGUGCACAGCAAAGUGCAGCGGGCUGACGAUGUUGCCGAGAACCUCCGCGACCAGGUCGAAGCGCUCUACCAGCUCACGCCGGAAUUGGACUUUGAUGCACGGGCGCUGCGGUGGCGAUCCAUCGUCGCGACACGCACCGAGAGCCGCCUGUUGCGGGCCGACGCCGACGCAGCGCUGCAUGCGUUCGCGCACACGGAGCUGCGGAAUCCGUACAGCCACCUCACCACGCUCACCGACGACGAUACCCCGUCGACCUCUCUGCCGCCAGCGACCCGCGAUGUGUGGCUCAUUGGUCGGCGCGGUAUCGAAGUCAAUUCUGACACCGUCGUCUACUACGGUGCGUACCUUCCGAGUCCGAGUGACGCAGGCGACAACGACGCACGGCCUUUGGAUGGCCUGCGCUGGCUGGCUUGCUCCGCUAUCGCCGCCGAGCCGAGCCCGACCGUGUCGUUUCGCAAGGGGACGGUGGAAGCGUGGGACGUGGUGGGUGCGGGCGUCGAGAAGGUCAAUGGCAUCUACGUUCUCUCAGGUCGCUUCGAGCACGCCAACAAGUACACGUCUGUAGCCGGCCUCGAGCUCUUCCGCAAGCGGUAA